UGGAAGUUGCACCAUGGAAAGUAGCUUGAAUGGAAACGUGAAACUUGUCAAAAAGAGCAAAGAUGAGAAAAAGCUUCUGCGGAAGCAAUUAAAAGCAAGCCACACGUUGCUAAAACACGAGGGCAUUAAUACAGCAUCACUGCCAACUCAGAGCUUGGUGGUGGCGAACGGCGGGCUCGGCAAUGGCGUGAGCCGCGAGCAGCUGCAGGCAGUCCUGCAGGAGAGCGGCUGCGUGGAGUCGCUGCUCAUGCCGCCCAACAAACCCUACGCCUUCGUGACGUACGGGUCUGUGGAAGAGGCUCGGCGAUGCCACGCCUCCCUCAAUGGCAGGCAGCUGCAGUGCCAGGGACAGACUGUCGCCUUGUAUUUCAGCUUUGUGGAGAAAGUGGGCGGUGAAUCAGGGGUCUGUACGGAGCUCCCCCCCGGCCUGAAGGUGCUGGAGGAUUUCAUAUCGGCCGAGGAGGAGGCAGGUCUGCUGGAGGCCAUCGACUGGGCGCCCCAGGGAGACACGCUGACUGGACAGAAAGCACUGAAGCACAGGCGAGUGAAGCAUUAUGGGUAUGAGUUUCGUUAUGACAACAACAACGUGGAUAAGGAGAGACCAUUACCUGGUGGAAUUCCUCAAUUUUGCAACAGUGUACUGAAGCGAUGUCUGAGGGAGAAUCUCAUUGAUGUCACACCGGAUCAACUCACCAUCAACCAGUAUGAGCCUGGACAAGGAAUUCCGCCGCACGUUGACACUCACUCUGCCUUUGAGGACACGAUCCUUUCCUUAAGCCUCGGUGCAAAGACAGUGAUGGACUUCAGGCACCCAGACGGGCGCUCCGUUGCCGUGGUGUUGCCUGAGCGGAGCCUCCUCGUAAUGAAGGGGGAGAGCCGUUACCUGUGGACGCACGGGAUAACUCCCAGGAAGUUUGAUGUGGUCCCUGCUGGUGACACAGUGAGCUCUGGGCCAGUGACCUCUGACCCUGGCGACCUGACCCUGAGCAAACGGGACACCAGGACGUCCUUCACCUUCCGCCGAGUGCGACGAAUGGCGUGCGACUGCGCGUACCCGUCCGCCUGCGACAGCCGGCGCCCCCCGGAGGCGCCCCCCGCCCCGGCUCUGCCGCGGGACGACGGGGAUGCGUCGCGCCUGGAGGCCCGGUUCGUGCACCGCGUGUACGAGGAGAUCUCCUCCCACUUCAGCAGCACGCGCCACUCCCCCUGGCCGUGCGUCCGCGACUUCCUGCGCUCCCUGCCCGCGGGGGCUGUGCUCGCGGACGUGGGAUGUGGCAACGGGAAGUACCUGGGGAUCAACCCGGACCUGUGGGCGAUGGGCUGUGAUCGCAGCCACAGCCUGGUGCAGAUCUGCGCAGACCGAGGAUUGCAGGCGUUCGUGUCGGAUGCCCUCGAUGUUCCCCUGCGCAGUGGCGUGUGCGACGCGUGCAUCUCCAUCGCUGUGAUCCAUCACUUCUCCACACAGGAGAGAAGGCUGGCCGCUGUUAAUGAACUCGUUAGGCUCCUGAAGCCUGGGGGGAGAGCACUGAUCUACGUCUGGGCCUUGGAGCAGGAGUACAAGAAGCAGAGAUCGAAGUACCUCAAAGAAAAGAGCCCAGAGCAGGAAGAGAAGGGUGGGCCUGGUGCUGAGCAGAUGACACAAAGUAACCCGGACUACAGUCAGGAGCAUGCUGGGAAAGAUGACCCUCAGCAGAGUCAGCCAAAACUUUCUGUCCACACCAACCGCACUGUGUUCAACUCCCAAGACUUGCUUGUACCCUGGCACCUAAAGGGUGUCGCCCAAAAGGCCUCUGAGACGUCCGCUGAUAGCGAAUCAUCUGCCUCCGACCCUGUGUUCCAUCGCUACUACCAUGUCUUUCGUGAAGGGGAACUGGAGAACCUGUGUGGUAGAGUCAAGAACAUUACCAUUCAAAGUAGCUACCAUGACCAGGGGAACUGGUGUGUCAUUGUGGAAAAGACUCUGUGAUAUCUAAUGACUGGAAAAAAUGAGGAAAUUAGAUUUUCACUUGAUUGGUUUAGGAUGAGAUCUGUAAUCAUACAAGGCAAUGAGGUGUUUUAUUACAAAUUUUGAUGAGCAUAAUAAAAAAACCCAAAAAGGAGGGGAAGAAAACAUU